AUGGCUGUGCAGCAGCAGCAGCAGCCGGACCAGCAGCAGAUGCAUCAGCCGCAGCAGCAGCAGCAGCAGGCUGAGACAGAAGCCUUCGAGGCGAUCAAGCCGUGCACGCAUCUCACAAUACGGAAGAUGCUUCCAGUAUCCCUGUUUGCUGCAAUCGUUCCAAGCCAAGACCCGAAGCAGCAGCAGCAGCAGCAGCAGGAGGCAGAGGAACGCCAGGCAGUCUUCAUCCAGUGGGUCGAGGAAGCAGCAGCACACAUUGCUGCUGACUGCCUCUCAAUUUCCCAGCUGGUCUAUUUGCGGAACGUCGCAGCUCGCCAACUGCAAAGCUGCCUCACCUAUUUGGACAGGGUCACUUCCUGGAAGCGCUGCAUGAACUCUGCGUUCACGGCGCAGGCUGUGAGGUACUACCCGAGGCCCUCUUACUUCGAGCCUAUGGAGGAUGACGGGCAGCAGAUAACUGCUCCGGCAGCGGCGGGAGAGGCCACGGCCCCACUUCCCGGCGGUUUCAUUGGGGCGGGAGUCGACCUUGAUCUGGGCAGCAGUAACAGCAACAGCGGCAGCAGCAGCAGCAGCAUCAAGGAGGAGAGCAGCAGCAGCAGCAGCAGCAGCAGCAAGCUGAUGACAUACUCAACGUCGCUGGAGACGCUGAGCGUGGCGUACUCGGAGCUGCACUACUUGUGCUGGGCAGACCGCGGGCAGCUAUCAUCCGUGUGGACUUCAGCGGGAGCUGCUGCUGCCGGCGAGACUGAGGAGCAGCAGCAGAAGCAGCAGCGGCUGCAGGAGCUGCUGCUGCAGAUCAUCGUGCACCCAGACAUUGCCUGCAUAGAUGCUGUGGGAAUGCUCCGAAGUGUCGGCUGCGAGGCAGCAGCACACACUUAUGUCUGGUGGGUCUUUGUGGCUCGCUGUGGGGCCCCGCUAACGGAGCGCCAGGUGCUGCAGCACUUUCCUCUGCACAAGCAUUCAGCAGCAGCUCCGGCGCCGGACGCGGCGCCUGCCAGCCCUGCUGCUCUGCCUGGGAACCCUGGCGAAGCCAUCGGAGCAGCAGCACUGGAGCCUCUUGCUGCUACUGCACGCGGCCGCGGGAGCGCCUCGGCAGGCGCAGCCAAGCGGGCGGGCAGCCGCCGCAGGGGGCAGCAGCAGCAGCAGCAGCAACUGCAGCAGCAGCAAGCUGGCGCCCCAGUGGGAGCCCUCGGCAAGGAGUCCGAGGACUGCAGCGACGAAGCCUCUCGGCAGCUGCACGUCCUCAUUGCUCCUUCGCUGCAAAGAACAAUUCUGUUCUUUCCCCGCAUCUUCUUCCACCUUCUGGAUACUCAGACGCCUCAGCGCCGGCAGCAGCUUCGAAGAGUCUACGCACACACUGUGGAGGCCGUGGGCACAGCGCAGCAGCAACGGAUGAUGGUGCCGGGUGGCGGGUCUGCUGCAGCAGCAGCUGCUGCUGCAGCGGCGGCAGCUGCUGCAGCAAUCCAGCAGCAGCAACAACAGCAGCUGCUGUUGCUGCACCAGCAAGUGGAACAGCUCGUGGAGAUGGGCUUUUCCCGCGCUGACGCGCGAAGGGCAAUUGAGUCCUCAGGUGGAAGAGGUGUCGAGGCUGCAAUGGACUUUCUGCUGGACAUGCAGAGGCGGGAUGUUGCUUCCGGGGAAGAGCAGCAGCAGCAAGACAGCAGCACAGGCGGCACCCCCCGUGGGGACGAGGCAGCUGCUGCAGCGCCUGCCGCGCCGGCUGCUCCCCCAGAGGCCAGCCCGGCAGCAGCAGAGCAGCAAGACAGCAGUAGCAGCAGCAGCGCUGGCAACCCAGGUGGAGACUCAGCCCCAACCGAGCCAGCAGCAGCACCUCCGGCAGAGGCCCAAGCCGCGGAAGCUCCAGCAGAAGCACCAGCAACGCCAACUGCCCCUCCUUCAGCUGCAGCCACUGCAGCAGCAGAAGCUUCUGAAGCUUCUCGAUCAAACGCAGCAGCAGCAGCAGCAGGGGCUGGGGCUUCAGACGGAAGCCGCGCAGUGUCGCCGUUGGCUGCAGCAGCAGAGACUUUGUAUGGGGCCAUCCACGCGACUCCGCCCCAGCAGCUGCCCUCGGGUGUCAUGCGUGCUGCACUUAGUGCAGCAAGUGCUGCUGCUGUUGCUUUGCCUCUGUCGCAGCCCUCGCUGCAGCUGGCUGGGGACGGAGAAAUCAGGUGGACUUGUGGGCUGCUGCGCGACCAGCUGCAGCAAGAAGCAGUCUGGGGAACGCCGCCGCAGCCCCUGCUGCAGGCGCUGCUCAGCAUUGCCAGCAGCAACAGCGAACUGGCAACCAGGCACAUGCAGGAAUCCAGCAGCAGCAGCAGCAGCAGCAACACUUGUACCGUUGGCGCGUCGACAGCAGCCUUGGUGAAUGCGUUCACUGCGGUAACGGGCCAGCCGGAAACUCAAGAGCCAUGGAUGGACCAGCAGCAACAGCAGCAGCAGCAGCAGCAGCAGGAAGAGCAGCCGCAUCAGCAGCAGCAGCAGCAGAACGCGGAGGCGGCGAAGCCGCACGAGCCCACAGAACUCGAGUUGCUGCUACGGUACGCAGACGAGGAAAUGGGGCGCCAGCUUCCACCACAGCAGCAGCAGCAAGACAAAGCGAUCGACGAGCCGCAGCAGGAGCAGCGGCAGCAACGCGACGUGAAGCGGCCGCCGCAGCUGCAGCGGGUGCUGCACGGGCACUUCAGCGACGCCUUUGCCCUUUCGCUUGGGGCUUUGCUGCGGCACAGGCUGCUUGAAGAUCUCAUUUCGAGUGCAUGCGUUUCUCCAUUAGGAGUCCCGGGUCUUUGUGAGGUCUUUUUGAAGCUAAUCUGCUCAUCCUGCGACCUGCGGCCGCAGCCGCUGCAGCAGCAGCAGCAGCAGCAGCAAAAAGAAGGGGCCGCAGACGCAGAAACUGCAGCACAGGGAGAGGCCGCUGCUUCCGCUGGAGCCGAGGAAGACGGGGGUCAGAUGGCAGCUCCCCCAACCGAGCAGCUUUACCCGUGGGAGGCGGAGAGCAGCAGCAGCAGCAGCAGCAACAACAGGGGCACGCGGCAGCUGACCUCUGUGGAGAAGAACACUGCUGCUGCAGUGUAUAUGCUCGUGCUCAGACUGGCAUACCUGCGUGCUGCUUUGCAGCACCUAGUGAAGGCAGACCCGACUCUAAUGGGGUGCAGGGUGCCCUCAGCAGCAGUUGCUGCGGGUACAGGAGCAGCAGCAGCAGCAGCACGCCAGAGCGACCUUCAACGGGCAAUGGGAGUCCACGUCUGCAUGCGUGCCCAGCAACAGCUGUACUGCUGCAGCUUUUUCAUGGCGCACUUGCUGCACCGGCGUUUCUGUUGGAAAAGCAUGCUGCAGCAGUGUGCAGAGGCAGCAGCAGCGGCGUGUGAGCCAGGCAGCGCAGCAGCAGCGGCGGCCGCUGCUGCUGCAGCACAUCCCAUGUCCCUCUUCUCCUCCCUCAUCUGCACCUACGCCUCUGCAAACGUCCAUACUGCUUCAGCAGCAGCAGCAGCAGGGCAGCCGUUGCUGACGGAUGUGAAGGGAUGGUUCCAAUAUCCCGAGAUGCUGGAUUCGUGCGAAGCCGGAGCAGCGGCAGCAGCAGCAGGAACAGUGAAGGCCUCCACACUGCUGCCGCUACCGGGCUGGUGCCUCCUGAGCUAUCCACCCACAGGCACCAUGGCCAUUCAGGAGCUGCGUGUUGCUGCUGCAGUGCCCAAGUACGGUUUGCUGCGACUGAUUCCAGUGGACGGCGUGGAGGCGCAGAGAGAGCAGCUGCAGCAGCAGCAGCAAGGCGCAGCAGCAGCAGCUGGUACUAUCAUCACCGACCGCCCAUCGGGCCUCAAUGCACCUGCUGCCUCGUAUCUUGCGGCCUUCGUCUUGCCUUCUCUGCUGUGUAUGGAAGAAAUGAUGCACAUGUAUCUGCUGCAGGACACAGCAGCAGCACACGAUGCGCAGCAGCAUGAGACUGGCACCAGCAGCAGCACUGGCAGCAGCUGUAGCAACGCGGGAUCGGAUUCCCUUACCUCUGCAAUGGGGGCCUCCAUUGUGGCCGCCAACAACAGCAGCAGCAGUAGCGGCAGCAGCAGCAGUUUAGCACAGCCUGCUCUCACGGGCAGUAGCCAGCGAGGGGUAACGCCCUCAAGAGCCACCCGUUCUGCGCUUGGCAGCACCAGCAGCACCAGCAACGGCAGCGACAGCAGCAACAGCAGCAGGAACGAGGCGGCACCAGGAGGGGCAGCUGGCGAUGUGGGGUUCGAUGAGCUGCUGCGGUCAUUCACUGCAGCAGAGCAGCGGCAAGUGGUUGCUUCUUGCCUAGACUUGCUGCUGGUGUUCCCUGCAGCAGAUGGCGACACAGUGCUGGCGAUGCUGCAGCUGCUGCGGCGGCUUACCUCGAUUUACAGCAACGCCUUGAUGCUGCUGCUGCACCAGCCGAAGGGCCGCUACCGGGCGGCCCCCGUGGCUAGUCAGCAGCAGCAGCUGCCGGUGCAGCACCACCACCACCAGCACCACCACCACCAGCAGCAGCAGCUGCAGCAGCCCCUGGGCUGGGGCCUGGGCGUGCUGCUGCGGCUGCCGCGGACUGCAAGCUGCAGCGGGCUGGUCUCUUUGCUGUGCGCCAUAAUAACAAAUGUCCUCGAGGAGCCUUCUCUCAUUGCGGCAUGCGUGGAGAGGGGCUUGCGAGUGGCUUUUGCUGCUAGCAGCAGAAUGGCUCACCAGACACACCUCAGAGUCCACGGGAACUCUCCUACGGAAGAAACGCCUGCGCCGUUGCUGCCUGUCGAGUCUGUGCUAAAGUCUUUGGGGCCGCUGCUGUCGCGGAACCCUUCUUUGGUGGAGCAAGUGCUGAGUUACUGCUGCAGCAUCCACAGGCAGGUGCUGCAGCCGGAAGACCCGCAGCAGCAGCAACAGCAAAAGCAGCAACAAGAAGGGCAGGAGGGCGCAGAAGGAGGGCUCCCUGAGGGCACUUCAGCGCCUGCAGCAAACAGCCAAGAACAAGCCUCAGACACAUCAGCUGUAGCUGCCAGCACCCGCACGGGAAGUGCAGCAGCUGACGACGGCUGCAGCACGGCAGCAAUGGCCGAAGACACGGCGGCCACAGCAGCAGGCGCCCAAGAAGAUGUGAGCGGCAGCAGCAGCAACAGCAACAGCAACAGCAGCAACGACACCAGCAGCAUUGUGCCGCGCCAGUUUUAUCCCAGCAGCAUUUUCGUAGGCCCCAAGGCAGGCUAUCUCUUCGGCAGGGGCUCCAAAGGUUUGGGGUAUUAUUACUGCAGCAGCAAAAGCGGUGACAGCAGCAGCAAUGUCAACGGAAGCAGCGCAACUGAUGGGCGCACGUGGUGCUGCAGCGACAAGUCCUUCCAGGAAGUUUUGCUGCUGGGAUGGCUGACGGAGGAGAAGCGGCAGCAGCAGCAGCAGCAGCAGCCACAGCAGCAACAGCUGCAGCGCCGAGUGCGGCGGCUGCUACAGGCUGCAACAAAGCCUCCAGUUGUGGGUCCAGUGGUCCUCUCAGUGCUUUUGGAUCACUUGGUGCUGCUGCUCAGCGUGCAUGCAUGGACAGUUCCUGCGCCGCUGCCGAAGCCGGCGCAGCAGGAAGAGCAGCAGCAGCAGCAGCAGCAGCGGGAGUGGCGGCAGAUGUGGGAAGUGGAAAAAGGCCUGCAUUCACAUACACAAAAGCCAGUGUUUCCCUUCAUUGUCACUGCUGAUCGUCUUCUUUACAUUUUGACGCAGCUUGUGUCUCUUUUCCCCCACAUGCUGCCGCUGCUGCUUAAGCCCAUUUCACUGGCGUUUCCCGCUGCACUGUCCCAUGCACAGGACAGCAGCAGCAGCAGCAGCAGCAGCGCAGCAGCCGCUGCCGUGCAGGUGAGUGGCCGCAGUGCUGGGCGGACGAGGCUGAAACAGCAGCAGGGGCAGCAGCAGGCAAAUGGAGUCAAAAUGGAGAUAGCUGCUGGCCCGAAGCAGCAGCAGCAGCAGCAUCUGCUGCACCUCGAGCCCAGACUGUACAUGAAGGAGCCGUUUCCUUGGCCGUUUGUCUCCUCUUGCCCCGAGUUGCUGCGGUGCUGCGGCAGCGACGUGCGGCUGCUGCUGCAGCACGGGACCAAAGACCAGCAGCAGCAACAGCACCAGAGCUGCGGGGGUCCACCGCGCAUGUCUGUUGUUGACGUCUUGGUGCACGAAGUGCUGCCGCGGUUGCUGUCAAUCUCUCUUGCGGGGACCUCGCAGGCUUCCAGCCAGCAGCUGCAGCAGCAGCUGCAGCAGCAGCAGCAGCAACAACGAAAAGCAGCAGCUGGGAUGCUGCAGCAGUUUUCCAAUCUGCUGGCAGCCAUGGGAAGCAGCAACGCGGAGAUGCGCCUUGUGCUGAUUCGCCACGUGGUGACUUUGCUGCGGGUGGCCAGGGGGCGCGCAGCAGCAGCAGCAGCAACAGCAGGAGACCUCAGCAGCAGCAGCAAUAGCAUGACUGCAGAGGCAUUGGAGGCACUAAAGGGCAAGGACCUCUUGGACAUUAGUGUGGUUUCUGUUCUGGCGGGGCUGCUUCAGCGGCUGCUGGCAGCAACUCCUCCUGUGCUGCCUGCACAUGCGCAGCAGCAAAAUUCCAAAGUGCCAGCAGCAGCAGCUGACGCAACAGCUGGCUGUUCAGACACCACACGGCCACCUAAUAACCCGCGGCCAGAUGGAGACGGCGGGGAUGUGGGCGGCGCGGACUGUCCGGGAAGCGCUCAGCAGGAACAGCAAAGCAGCAGCAGCUGCAGCAACAGCAGCAGCAGCAACAGCAACAGCAGCAGCAGCGGCGGCGGCGCUAGCGGCAGCAGCAGCGGGAACAGCGGCACUAGCAGCAGCGGGAACAGCGGCACCAGCAGCAGCGCAAGCCGCACGCGAAGCAGCGGGGCCGCGCAAGGCACAGCCAGCAGCAGCAGCAGCAGCAGCAGCAGCGCCAGCAAUGGCGGCGACGACGGAGACGAUGGGGAGCGACCCAACAGCAAGAACUCGGGCCGCCCUUCAGACCUGCUGGAGGGCACAGACCUGCAGCAGCAGCAAACAGCUCGAGCUGUUCAAUGCCUGUCUCCUAAGGAGCAGCGGCAGCUGCGGGAGCUGCUCGCUGGGCUGCUGCUGCAGCUGAGUCUGCAGGCUGAAGACAGCCACGCUGUGGCGACGAGCAUCAUAAGGUGCCUGCUGCAUCUCACAUCUCCUCCAGCUGCGCAGCUGCCAGGGCUAGAGACGGGCAAGCAGCAGCAGCAGCAGCAGCAGCACAGCGGCACGGGGCGCGUGUCUCCCCCUGGAAGCAUGGGCAGCGGCGGCGACCCUGCUGCUGCAGCAGCUGCAGCAGCUGCAGCAGAUGCUGCAGAGGGAGAGGAAGAGGAGAGCGAUGAGGGCGACGAAGACGAUGCAGACCUCGACGAAAUGGACGAAGACGAGGAGGGGGACCUCGAGCUGGUGCUGGAGGAGGACAGCAGCAGCAGCAGCAGCAGCAGCAGCAGCAGCGAGCUGGAGGACGACGACGAGCAGCAGCAGCAAGAGGACGGAGAGGCCACGGCUGCGGCCCGCGACGCGCUCGCCGCCGGGGAGGCCGACGAAGCCGAAGGCGGAAGCUUGUCUGCUGCUGCUGCUGCUGCGGAGGAAGCAGCAGCAGCAGCAGACGCAGACAACGACCACGAACCUGAGGACGAUGAAGAAGACGAUGAUGAAGACAAUGACGAUGAUGAUGAAGAUGGCUUUGCGGAACUUUCUGUCUUAGAUGGCCUCGGCGAUGAAGACGACGAGGAGUCGCAGGAUGACGAGGAAUACGGAGAGAACAGCGAAGACGAAGAGAGCGAGGGGGCUGUGGCGGGCCGCGGGGCCUUCCUGGGCUCCGGGCGGCUGCCCCACGAAAUCGACUUGGAGUCCGAGGGGGGGCGGGCGCUGCAGCUGGCCGGCGAAGACGGCCAGCUGCUGGGCCACGCGGAGGGCCCGGAGGGUCUCGACGAAGACGAAGAUGAAGACGAAGACGAAGACGACGAAGACGACGAUGACGACGCCCCCAGAAUCCGGGAACGGGGCGAAAUAGACUAUCUUGCGGGGCCUGAAGAGGAAGACUUGGAUGGCGCAGACAUUGUGGAUGGGCUGCACCCCUUGGGCUCGGGGGCCUCCCAGGGGCCCCUGCUGGCCCACGCCUUUCUUGAAGAAACAGUUGUGCCCAGAGACCCUCCCCCUCCGCCGCCUGCAGCGCAGGGGCCUGCUGCUCCGGCUGGUGGCGCAGCACAGCAGCAGCAGGACCCGCCUCCGCCUGCUGCUGCUGCUCCUGCUGCUGGCGCAGCGGCAGGAGCUGCUUCGGCCUCCGGCCCACGCGACGGCGCCCCCAUGGAGGCGGACGAGCAGCAAAACCCGCAGCAGCAGCAGCAGCAGCAGCCGGCUGGCAGCAGCGCAGUCGAUCCCUCAGCAGCUGGAGCGGUGGGGGGGGAGAACCUUGAGCAGCAGCAGCUGCAGCAGCAGGGCACUUCGUUGUCUUCUUCGGCUCCCGCAAGCAGCGCGGCAGCAGCCCCUGCUGCUGCAGCCACAGGCGCGUCAGGCCUCGCGGCCCAAGCAGCAGGAGCAGCAGCAGGAGCCCAGGGGGCUGCGACCCAGCGGCGCGGCCACCGCGGCACCGGCAGCAGCAGCCACAGCAGCAGCAGCAGCAGCGGGGUGCGCUCGCGGGGCACCAGCGGGCCCUGGAGAGCAGCAGGCGAGGGCCGGGGAGGCCGCAACGCCUUCGCGGGAUUAGACCGGGGGGUUUUGGGUUUGCUGGAGGACGAGGAGGACGAGCUGGAGAGCGAGUCUCAGGAGGAAGCAGCAGCAGCAGCUCCUGCUGCUGCUGCUGUGACGGCGGAGUCCGUCAACAUCAUUAGCUCGGCGCUGCAGCGAGAGCCACGAGGGGCCUUCAGGCUGCAGAAACACUUCGGGGGCCUCGCGGGGGCUGAUGAUGCUGCAGUGAUUCGUUCAGUGCUGCAGGAAGCAGAGGAGAGGGGCAUAACUAUAGCGCCUUUGACUUCGGGCCACACGGGGGGAGGCUCGCGGCGGGCGGGGGCAGCAGCAGCAGCAGCGCCCGCAGCAGCAGCAGCAGCAGCAGCAGGCAUCAACGGCGACGACCUCAUGGGGCAGGCCCCACAGUCCCCCCCUGAUGCUGAUCUGCUGCCCCCCUCGGAGCACCCGCUGUUUCUGCAGUGCCCGAGGCCUUCUCCUGCGGCUGUGAGUCACCACCACAGCAGCAGCAGCAGCAACAGCAAUCCGUUUGCGCUCUUCAGCAGCAACGGGGGAAGCAACGUCAUCACCACUGCAGGAGCAGCAAACCUCGGUGACAGGCUGCUCGACACUCUCUUCGAAGACAUCGCAGGGGGGCUCUUCCGCCCUGCUGCUGCGCGCCGCCACGGGCAGCAGCCACGCGUGCUGCAGCAGCAGCUGCAGCAGAUUCGCCAGAGCCGCGAGCAGGAAGCUGCAGCAGCCGCUGCAGUGGCUGCGGCUGCCGCCGGCGGAAGGCAGCAGCAGCAGCCCGUCGGCGACAUGAGCUCAGCCGUCUCCGUACCAACAUCAGCAGCAGCAACUAUGGCAGCAGCAGCAACAGCAGCGCAACACAUGCUCUCCACUUUCGUAGUCGACAGACUGGGCACACGGAACAUCAACCGUAUCGAAGUUGACCCAGCGCCUCUGCAAGCUUGCCCUUCCCCGCAGACAUCGGCUCCAGCUGAAGCAGCAGCAGCAGGAGCAGAAGCAGCUGCAGCGCCGGCAGAUGGCGCAGCAGCAACAGCAGCAGCAGCAGAGGGAACUCCCUCAACAGUUGUACAGGCGGAGGGCGUGACGCCUCAUACUGCAGAAGACGCAGCAGCAGAACGCCCUGCGGCUUCCGCAGACGGCGAGGCGAUAGUUUUGGACCAGCCUGCAGAGGGCUCGGCAGCAGCAGCAGCAACAGAAGCAGCAGCAGUGGAGACUUCAGCGACAGAAGAGACCCCAUUGACGCAGCAGCUGCAGCAACAGCAACAGGAACAGCAGCAGCAGCAGCAGGAGCAACAGCAGCAGCAGCAAGGCUCGCAGAGUCAGUCGCCCACACCGAACACUGCGGCAACCUCCGCCACAGGGCCUCCUGCUGCCAACUCAGCUGUUGCUGCAGCGCAACGUGAGGCAGCAGAAGGAACGGCAGAUGCAGCACCUGCUGAGCCGGAACCAGCAGCAGCAGCAGCAGCGCCAGCAGCAACAGCGGCACCAGCAGCAGCAGCCGCUGAUGGAGACUCUAUGGACGUGGAUACUGGGGAUGCGACUCAGCGUGCCACGAGCAGCAGCAGCAGCAGCAACGACAGCGGCAACAACAGCAGCAGCAACAACGAUAGCAGCGACAACGACAGGAGCAGCAGAGAGCCACCUCUGGCUUCGCUUGCAUGCGCUCUGGGGCUGACUGAGGCCUCGCUGCUGGAAGCAGCAGGAGUGGAUCCCUCUUUCUUGGAAGCUUUGCCUGCAGAUUUGAGGCAGGAGAUACUGCAGCAGCAGCUGCGGCUGCUGACGAUAGAGGCGGUGGAGAUGCGCAGAGCAGCAGCGCGACCUGCUGCUGCAGCACCCGCAGCAGCAGCAGCCGGCUCAGAGGGGGCAGCAGCAGCAGCUACCGGCGCUGGCCCCGACCAGCCACCCGCAGCAGCAGGAGGUACAGCUUCCGACACCACACAGGCAACUCCAGCAGCAGCUGCUGCUUCCCCUGCUGCUCAGGCUCCGGGCGACGGAGCGCAGCAGCAAGGCGCGGGCGUGGAAGCAGCGGCGCCGGCGUCAGCAGCAGGCAGCGAGCCAGCAGCAGCAGCAGCAGCGAACGCCGAAGGCGCAGCAGCAGCAGCAGCAGCAGAAGAGCUGCGGCCGCGGCUGCGGGACCUCCCCGUGGACCUGCUGAAUGCCUUGCCCGCAGCAGUUCGCCAGGCAGCUGUGGCUGGCUGCCGCGACCGGGACAGCGUGGAAGAAGGAGCAGCAGCUCCAGGAGCUGAUGUUGACAAUGCAACUUUUCUUGCAACUUUGGAGCCAGCUUUGCGGCAGGAAGUGCUGCUGACUGCAGACGCGCUGGUGCUGGAGGCUCUGCCGCGGGAGCUGCAGGUGGAAGCGGCUUUGCUGCGGGAGCGGGCGAUGCAGCGGCAGCAGCAGCGGCAGCAGCAGCAGCAAAGGGCCGCAGCAGCAGCAGCGGCUGCUGCGGCCAACAUCAGCGCCGGCGCUGCGGGGGGUGCCCCCCCUCCAGGGGACCGCCCGGGGCGCGGCAGCCGGGGCACUUCCUCGGGGCCCGGGGGGGCCUCCGUGUCGGGGGGCCCCUCGCUGCCUGCUGCCUUUGUGGAUGCCUCUCUGGCCCUAUUUGGGGGCUUCGAAGGCCGCUGGGGCCCCCUGGGGGGCCCCCACAGCAGCACGGGGGCCCGCCUGCUGGGCAUGCCCGCCUCUUCUCUGCUGCCCCGCAGCAUUCGGCUGGGGCUGCGGGAGGCCCUGCUGGAUGAUGCUGUCUUUUCGCGGGAAGGGGAGGGGCCCCGGGGUGCUGCAGCAGGAGGCGACGCAGCAGCUUCUCUAAUAGCUGCGCGGGGCAUGCUGCAGUCCUCAGCUGCAGCGCGCAGCGCGGCAGCAGGCGGGCCUGCUUCCGGAGCAGCAGCAGCAGCAGCUGCUGCUCGGGGACCGGUGUUCGCCGGAGUGCCCGAGGAGCUGCUGCUGCUGCCCAGCGAGCGGCUGCUGAGGGCCCCCGCUGCACUCUCUGCGCCUCCUGGCCUCACGGGCUUCUCAGGACUUUCGGGACUUGUUGCUUUUCCAAACAGAACAGGAGGCGGAACCCGAUUUAGGGUUUCCCAGGGGGCUGGUGGUUUGGGGGGUUCUUUGGGGUCCGCUGCAGAGGCCGCAGGAGGGGCUUUCCGGCAGAUUGACUUUCUCUCGCUGCUGCUGAACGGCGGUGCUGCUGCUGUUGCGACCAACGGAGCAGCAGCAGCAGCUCCCCAGGCGCUCUCUGAAGACCUCUGGGUCGGGUUCCUCACUGCAGCAGCAGGGGGAGGAGGGGGGCCCCACGGGGGCCCCUGGAGCGGCGGCGGGGGGCCCCCAGGGGGCCCCCACAGGGGCCCCGGCCGCGGAAGUGGCGGCGCCAACGGGGUCCCUCCCUUCGAUUCUUCUCCCCUGAGCAUUCCGGGGCUUAUGGGAGUUUGCCGCGUCUUGUUUUUGUCGCGAGGAGUCAACAAACGCCUUCUUUUCUUGCUGCUGGCAUCUCUUGCUGCCUCGCAUGCAGAGACGCGAGAUGUGCUGCUGCUGCUGCUGGUCUACAUCUGCUGGGUAGCUAUUCCUGAGUGCUACACCACGCUGCGGCCCUCUUAUCCUGGCCGGGACACGCUGAAGCUGCUGGGUCUGCCGCCAGUGCCGGUGCUGUUGCCACCAGAGGGGUCGCAGCAGCAGCAGCAGCAGCAACAGCAGCAGCAGCAGCAGGGCGGAUUCCAGUGCGAACGCUUCGCCAUGGGAGGCGCUGCAGCUGAACGCGUUCUUGAGCAGCUGCGCAGCCUGCUGACUGUGCUGCCGCAGGCAGCAGCAACAUUUUGCACCAAGAUGCCGCACCCGCGGUCUCUUACUUUCCAAGACCUCCUUAAAGUGCAGCAGCGCAGACACAACGCCAGCAGCAGCAGCAGCAGCAGCAGCAGUCACCACUCGCCGCAGCAGCAGCAGGGAGAGGCAAAGAGCGAGGGAGCCCCACUGGCUGCAACGGCGCAGCGAACGGAACAGCAGCAGCAGCAGCCCCAGCAGCAGCACCACCACCAGGAAGGCGCAGCAGAAGGCGGAGAAGAUCUAGCCCACGAACUCCGCCGCAAAAAGAAGCGCAGGGAACCCUGCAGCAGCACGGGCACCAGCAAGGACGAAGGAGCAGCAGCAAGCGUGGUGCAGCAGCAGAGUGAGCCCUUAGAGGAGCCCGUGGACGGCGAGUAUCUGAUCAAUGUUCUGAUGCAACUGACAGCCACUUCGCUCUUCCAGACUUCGCCGCGCCACAUGGCUCAUCUCCUUGCUGCGAUACACUUGCUGGUAAGCGGUUCGGCGAGCAGCAGCAGCAGCAGCAACAGCAGCAGCCGCAGCAGGCCGCCGAGCAGGUCGUCUGCGCCUGCAUCGAGCAGUAGAGCUCAGUCGACAGACAGCCAGGGCCAGGCCAGCAGCAGCAGCAGCUCCAGCGCUGCAGCACCAGGCAGCAGCAGCAGCGCCAGCGCUGCGGUUCCAAGCAGCGGCAGCAGUACUGCUGCUGGGGUGCCGGGCAGCGGCAGCGCGAACUCCGCAGAGCCAGCUGUUGAAGAGAUUGUCCCCGACAACGCACUCAGCAGCAGCAGCAGCAGCAGCAGCAGCAAUAGCAGCAGCAGCAGCAGCGCUCAGGAAAGCAUGCAGGAGCGCAUGCUUCGCGUGGUGACCCCUGAGGCCGUAGAGUGCAUCUGCGGGCUGCUGUGCUCUCCCCACGUUGCUGCUGCUUGGUCCCAGGUUGUGGGGUUUUCGGCGCAGCAGCGGGAGGCGCAGCUGCAGCAGCUGGCAGUUGUGGCGAAGAUCGUGGGGUGUCUGUACACCUCAGCGCAGCACCGCGGGUGGGUCGACGAGGCCCUGCGGCGCAACUGCGACGCCCUCAGCGAUGUGCUAUCCCAGGAACUUGCUGCUUUAUCCAGGACUUUGAACGAAGCAGCGCAGCAGCAGCAGCAGCUGCAGGUUCACGACGACCUCUGGGCCCGCAGAGAGGCCUUGGAGCCCCACUUCGCUGCCUUCUACAGGCUCUGCGGCACCCUCAACGAGGUGUACACUCACCUCCAGCAGCAGCAGCAGCAGCAGCUGCAGCAGCAGCAGGCUAAGUCGCCCGAUGCUGCAGCAGGAACCGCCCCUGAAGAACAAGCCGGGGCCGCAUCAGCUACAACACCACAAGCAGCAGCAGCACCCGCAGUGGCAGGAGCCGCUGCAAAUCAGGUCCCGCUUCCUGCUGCUUCCUUGAAUGCAGACAUCGACUUGUCAAGUGCACCUGAGGCGCCAGCGGCAGCAGCAUCACCUCCAGCUGCGGCAGCAGCAGGUGCAGCAGCAGCAGCAAAUGCAGACGAAGGCAGCACAGCGGUAGUUCCCGCUCUUGUUCGGUUCAGGGCUUUCUUUGACGCCUCCAAAGUCCACAAGAUUUGGGAGGGUUUAGAAGAUGUUCUCUCAGCUGUGGGGGCUGCUUAUCCGGCCCUGAGUGCAGAGGCAGCAGCAACGCAGCAUAGACACCGCACGCAGCAGGCAGCAGCAGCAGCAGCAGCAGCAGAAGCAACGGCAGCUAGCGGCGCGGCAGCAGCGGGCAGUGCCGGCACCGGCUCUGGAGCAGCUGCAGCAGGAGAGUCGCGGGCUGGGGAAGCUGCCGGCGCGGAAGCUGCUGCUGACGGCGCAGCAGCAGCAGCAGCAGCAGAAGACGGCGAAGGGGCUGUGGUGGAGGAGCGCGAAGCAGCAGCAGCAGGCUCGCGCGAGCUUGCAGCGCCGCUGGUGCUGGCGCAGCUGCUGCCACUAUUUGAGGCCUUCCUGCAAGUGCAGCAGCUGUCAAUAGCAGCAGACUUGGGUUUGAAGGAUGUCUCAAUGCUGCAGGAGCUGGAUCUGUUUGCUGCUGCGGCGGAGCGGGAGCGCAGCAUCGCGGACCGCGCUGCUGCAGCAGUUGCUGCUGCAGUGGACCCCCGCACGGGCAUCCCAGAUGCAGCAGCAGCACAGGCAGCUUGCUGCAGAGCCAGCGAGGAGCUGCUGCAGUGCGAAAAGCAAGAAGAAGACGGAGGAGGCUUCGGAGUCAGCAGCCGCAGACACUUGGCUCUUUGCUGCUUCUGCGAGCGGCAUGUUCUUUGCUUCAACGCGCUGCUGAAGCAAAACCCAAGCCUGCUGUCGGGCCCCUUCUCUCCUUUGCUGCGGCUGACUCCCAUGAUGCUUUCUUUCGAAAACAAAAGACAUUAUUUCCGACAAAAGAUCAAAGAGAUCAGACACGCAAGCAGGGCAGACCACGUGCGCCUCUCCGUCAGAAGGCAGCAUGUCUUCACGGACUCUUACCACCAAAUCCGGAUUCGUUCAGGGGAGGAGAUGAAGGGAAAGUUGAACGUGGUGUUCCACGGAGAGGAGGGGCUGGACGGGGGCGGCCUCACCCGCGAGUGGUUUGGGCUGUUGGCGCGGGACAUGUUCAAUCCGAAUUAUGCGUUGUUUACGCGCGAAGGCGCCAAGAGCGAAUUCAACCAGCCAAACCCUCUUUCUGCCAUUAACCCAGAGCACUUGUACUAUUUCAAGUUCAUAGGCAGAGUCAUCGGCAAGGCGCUGUUUGACGGGCACUACUUGCCGGCUUACUUCUGCCGGUCAUUCUACAAACACAUGCUGAACAAAAAGUGCUCUAUGCGGGACGCGGAGUCGCUGGACCCCUCGCUGUACUCGAACUUGCAAAAGAUUCUGGAGUAUCCGCUCGAGGACUUGGCGCUCACCGAUCUCACCUUCAGCGUCGAGACAGAUGAAUUUGGAAAACACAAAGUUAAUGAUCUGCUGCCGGGCGGCCGCCAUGUGCCCGUCACAGACGCCAACAAGGCGCUGUAUGUGCAGCUCAUGUGCCAGCGAAAGAUUGCAGGCGGCAUUCAGAAGCAGCUCGAGGCAUUCCUCAGCGGCUUCCACGAACUUAUUCCCCCUUCGCUUAUCUCCAUUUUCGAUGAUAAGGAAUUGGAGUUGCUGUUGUCAGGCUUGCCGACAAUUAACGUAGCAGACUUGCAGGAGAACACCGAAUACGUGAACUACCUACCCACCGAGCAGCCGAUACUUUGGUUCUGGGAGAUAAUGGAGGAGUUCGACACUCCCCAAAAGGCGGCCUUCCUUCAGUUCGUCACAGGCACUUCCCGCGUGCCCAUUGGCGGAUUCAGAAAUCUUGUGGGGAUGAGGGGCCCCCAGAAGUUUUCGAUUCAGAAGGCGUACGGCGAGAACAGGCUGCCCUCGGCGCACACAUGUUUCAACCAGUUGGACUUGCCCGCGUACACUUCGAAGGCAAUUCUGAAGAAAAAGCUUUUGCUUGCCAUUACGGAAGGCAGAGAGGGCUUUGGAUUUGUCUAG